CCUUUUCUCUUUCUAGAUUUAGAUAUGGCCAGAGACCCCAAGGGGAGCCGGGCCCGGCCUGGCCAGAAGCGACAGCACAGCGCUACCCUCUACCACAGUAACUGUGACCUGAACUAUGAGCUGUAUCGGGAAGACUUCCCCUACAGGUUGUAUGAGUAUCAGAGGAUCCCCCCACUUAUCAACCGAGCACCUGUCAAGAGCAGACGGACCCACAUGGGCGCAGGAGGCAAGAGUGGCCUCAGUCCCCACAUUCCUCCACGAAGCAACAACCCACCCCCCGUCCGGACAAAGUUAAGAGCCGAGGAGCUGCACUCAAUCAAGGGGGAGCUGAGCCAGAUCAAGGUCCAGGUGGACAGUCUGCUCGAGAGCCUGGAGCGUAUGGACCAGCGGCGAGACCGGCUGGGAGGGCCCCAAGACGGUGAGAAGAAGGCGGCCUCAGCCAGCGGAGAAUCCCCCAGUGCAGCAGCUGAGGCCCAGCGAGAGCCCCGGGGCAAGGAGAGCCCAGAGCCCAGAGCCCGCAGCCGAAGGGAUGCCGACAGUGCGGAGGAGAGCACGGACACGGAGGAGGCGGGGAGGAUGAAAAAUCACACCUUGGACCCCGAUGGGAGUCAGUAGAAGCUCUGGGGCCCCUGCUGUGGCCUCCCCAGCUCGGAUCCUUUCCUUUUCCUGUGUUUGUAUUUCUUUGAGGCCUCCCAGCCAGUGCCACGUGUCUCCUGCCCUCCAUUCUCCCCGCUGUUACAGUAGAGCCUCGUCUGCUCCUGCCCACGGGAGCCUGCUGGGUGUCCUGCAUUCUCUACAGAACCCGUAGAAGUCCCUGAGGUGCCGGCCUGCAGUAAUGGGUCUGGGGAGGCAGGAAAAUGCAGCAGGUCUAGAACUUCCUUUUGAAUACCAACCCUUCUUUCCUCUGUGUUGGUCCCCCCAUCCCAUGAAAAAGGGGUUCCCUUGGUAGUAAGACUUGGCAGGACAGGGGCAUUUGGGGAAGAGUCUGGGCAGACCCCUCAGUUCCAAAUUCAUCCUUCUCUUCCCUCACCAAGAUGCUCAGUGAUGUUUUUCAGUUCCCCACCCCUCCUGGGUACCCUCAGCAUCUCUCUUGGGGGAGAACUGGUGCCAUCCCACCCCUUGACCUCUCUGGCAUAGUCAGCUUGUAACAGUAUUUGCUCUUUUCCUGGCCCCAGCAGAAAGUGGUUUGUCUAAGACACCACCCAGGUUCUGCUCCCCACGUCAGCCAUUUAACAUGGAAACCCCCAGUGUUCCUUCUGGGGCUCCCUCAGCUGUCCUUCCUCCCAGCAGCGUGAGGAGAGGGGAUCGAUGUCCCUGAGAAGGCCAACCAAGCCAAAUGUUAGCUCCAUCUCAGCUCCCGUGGCUCACCGAGGUUUCCCCUUUUUCCGGGAUCACGUGGCUUCAAUGUUUUGCACUACUAGCCUUCACGUGACCCCUUUCUCUCCCCCUGGUCCCCACAGAAUUCCAUACCCCAGUGGUGCAUGGGAAAUGAAUUCUGUUUCUGACAGGUGCAUUUCUGCUCCAUAGAAGAUAGUCAGGUCCUUGGUUGAUGUUGCUCUGGUUAACCCUGUUAUUUCCCUGCUUUCCCUCCCUCUUCCCCCCCGUGCCGUCCUUUCAGAACAGGUGUAGUUCAUUCUUAUGUCCAGUUUCUAGCUUGUCUUUUUGCUGGUAUGAUACUGUGUCUGUAUUUCAAAUCUGCUCUGGAAAAGUGUAUUGUGUUAAAAUGAAAAAAAAAUUAAAAGUUUGUAUUUCUUUUCUCUGGU